AGAGAGAGAGAAAGAGAGAGAGGGAGGGACAAGAAAGAAAAAGGUGGAGCAUUUACUGAAUCAGGACAGUGACGUGCCGUGUGGUGAAAUUUUUAUGAGUCAAAUGCAAGUUGGCUACUUUGACCUGGGGACAGCACAGAUUACCAAGGAAAUACUUAGUUUAAGAUGGAUUGUCUAGCACAGAUUUACACACACAACCUCGAACAAUGGUGAAACACAGUUUGUCUCAGUUCACUGCCUGCCAUGCCACCACAUAGCUUCAGUCAACAUAUCAACAAGUUAAUCACCUACCCAACGGAAUGAGAGCGGGGAAGAUAUAACACCUGCGGGACACCAUUUUCCUGUUGCUCCAUGAAAGAAACAUUUAUGUAAGAACCCCUGAAAAGCGCACAUGCGAGAAGCGCAGAAGGGAUACAGAAUGACUCUUCCCGGAUGGUCACUCUCGUGGGUUUUACUAAGUCUCUGCAUGUCAGCCUGGAGUUUGGAGAUGUCUCCAUAUAACAGAGAUGACCUCAUUUGCUCACAGGGUCUUUCUGGAUGCACAAUGGAAGAUGUCAUUCCUAUUUCGAGCUCAGAGGACACUGCAGAUGUUCAAAAGCUCAAUUCAGAUUACAAGCUCUGCUGUGAGGAUGUUAAAAGAUGCAUAUUGUGUCUAGUGAUAGACAUGGAGCUCCACAUCCCGACCGAGAAAGAUGUGGAAGAAGAAGGCCACUCUGGGGCUGAUGACGAGGAUUUCAGUGAGGAGAUGAAAAGAGACAAAGCGUCUGUGACAGUGUGUUACAAAGCUCCAGCCACAAUGCCCUCGUGCAGAAAGGUGGAGUUUACUGUUAACAAGACAGCUGUUACUCACCGAAACCAGGCCAAGGUGACCAUAAUUACCGCCCAGCCAGAUGGUUUUCCCUUUGGCGGCCAGAUGCGUCUUUAUAUUCCUAAAGACCUACGUGUGUACCAAGACAUUGCUGCACCUUCUUUAGAAACAGUGUGUUCCCAGAAACACCUGGUGAAUCUCAUCGCAAUGUGCCACGUACCCACAGUAAGUAGUGUAAUGAACCCGAACACCAAUCAGAUGGAGCUGCUGUUUGAGGGACGGAAUGAAACCCCUCCCUCUUUGUGUCUCCAGUAUGAGGAGAAUGGAAGUUGUCAGAGCUGGAACCAGACAACAGUCCCACGAUAUUCUCUGGCCCCGUGCAUGUGUUUCCAGGCAUGGGAUAAGGAUGAAAAGAGGUCUAGGCGCUCUAAGUAUUGCCCCUUCAAAAACAAAGAUUUUCCACACGAUUUACAACAGGACAUGUGGAAAAACUUGACGGUCCAUGUGAGUCUGGGCAAAAUGAACGACCAAAGCAUGAUGCUUUCAUGGAACCUGUCUGCUCCCUGCAGACUGCAGGGCGAGGUGUGGCUGUGCUACAAAACUGGAUACUGCACAGGGACAAAUAACCUCAGAAAGGAGCUGGUAAAUGGUACAUGGAGACAGAACAGCAAUGCACUCUGGGAAUAUAAAGGUGUGUUUGAGGGUAUCAAUGAACAGUUUUCCCAGUGUGUGCUGGUAAAACUAAAGGGAUUGGAACAUCACUUUGGUCCGUUCUGUCAUAAUGACACCAGCAGAUGGCGCUGGAGUCUUCUGGUUGUGGCUGUGAUGCUGCUCGUCACUUUGACGGCUCUCUUGGUUUAUUUCCUUCAUGAAUAUGUCAAAAGAUGGGUGUGGAGCUGGCAUCACGGUGGAUUUGUCAAGAUUGUAAGGAAGGGCCACGUGGUGCUGCUGAGCCCCCCAGAUGUGGACGAUGCUGUUUCAGAGUCGGUGUGCCGUCUUGGGUCCCACCUCUGCAACCAGGGCUUCAGCGUGUCGGUGGACCAGUGGAGCAGGAAGGAGCAGAGCACUCUGGGGCCUUUGCCUUGGCUGCACUCACAGCUGCUGAAGCUCAAAAGCAUGGAAGGCCGAAUAUUGCUCGUUUUGAACCACAGAGCCUUGAAUAGAAUUGAAGAGUGGAGCCACCUGAAUAGAAAUGCAGAGGGAAUACAAGACCAGCAGUUACACAGGGCUUAUUCUGACCUGUUUACAGCUUCACUGUUCUACAUUGACGCGUACAAGAAGCAGGGCACUGCCGGGGAACAUUUUUGUCUGGUGACAUUUGACUGCCACCCUGUGGAGUGUCCCACCAGUAACAGGAAGCUACCGGAACUGCUUCACGGGCUGCCUCUGUUCCAUCUCCCCAAUCAGACUCGAUCACUCCUGACCGAACUGGCUGUCAUAGACACCAACAGGGGGUCAGGUGGAAGAACGUGGACAGGAUGGAAGUGGGGUACUUGAGCUGGAUUUCAGAUAAAGACACUUUUUCCCCUUCAGCUAAAUAUCUUUGGGCAAACACGUGGACUCGUCCUCCAAAUAAUUUGAUUUAUAGGUUGUCAGUACAUAUCCAUGGUAAUGAACUGUUUUGUGUAAUGUACCACCCCUGCAAGCAGGAGGAGGGAAUAAUUACUCAUAACAGCAUUUAAACAUCAGGGCAAACAUCAUCUUCAUGCUCCAGGAAGCUGGUAGUAUGUUACACCGGAUCACUUGUGAAUUUAUGUUGUGUUAUAA